GACGACACUAUGGCGAAGCCUAGUAUGAAUAAUUCUCCAUAUCUGUAUCUUUAGCUCAAUGCAUUUUGAAGAUUUAUGUUGAGUAUUGGAGAAUUGUGAGCAUCAUGGAACAGCUGGAGACAAAUGCUGACAGUAGAAAAGGGAAUUCCCCCCUGCAAAUGACGGAUUGUGGAGUCUAUGCAUACCUCUCGUUGUGCAGCAUCUCCCUCGGGAAACUCUUCCCGGGGGACUGCAAUGUCGAGUUCAACGAAACGUACAUGAAAUCCCUCUGCAAAUAUUUUCACGUUAAGGAGACUCAGGAGAGUGUCAUGAUGGUUUUGCUGAAGGACGACUGUGGUCAGACAACUGAGCCUUACAUCUCAUUGCUGCUCAGAGAACCUGGCAUUGAUGGCCGAGGGAUCCUGGUGAUACAGUUGACUGUUUUCAUUGCUGUUCAAAGUGGCGAAUACGAUGCUCGACAGAGGGUACUCGUUCGAAAGCUUGCUGACAUGUUCGCCGUGCCAUUCGACCUGGUUGAGCUUUACGAGCAUUCCCUGGUGUCAUUGCUCAAUGACGAAGAGCCCUCUCAAACAGAGGAAGAGCAGAGGGCGAGUGCUCGCCGCCAGAGAAUGAAAAAAAUCAAGCGAUAUGCAUCUGUAGGCAUUGCAACCCUGGCGGGAGGUACUCUCAUAGGAUUGACUGGUGGUCUAGCUGCACCUCUGAUUGGUGUUGGAGUUGGAACGAUUCUGGGGGGUGCCACUACCGUUGCGUUGACAAGUGCUGCUGGUGUUACUAUCAUCGGGUCGAUCUUUGGCGUCGCUGGAGCUGGAUUAACAGGGUACAAAAUGAACAAAAGAGUUGGUGAACUUGAGGAGUUCUCCUUUCAACCCCUCAACUGCGCUUCUGAAACUGACAGCCAGCUCCACAUCGCCAUAGCGAUCACUGGCUGGCUGAAAUCAGAAGACCAGGCCGCGAUUUUGAAACCGUGGCGGUGUCUAGCCAUCUCCAGGGAACAAUACGCCCUCAGAUACGAGACCAAAUAUUUGAUAGAACUCGGCCAAGCACUAGAGUACAUCCUGAGCAUGGCAGUGUCCUUUGCAACGCAGGAGGCCCUCAAGUACACGAUAUUCAGUGGUCUCAUGUCGGCGAUUGCUUGGCCAACAGCCCUCCUCUCGAUAUCCUCGGUAAUUGAUAAUCCCUGGUCCGUCUGCUGUCGACGGAGUUCGGAAGUCGGCAAACAUCUCGCUCAUGUUCUUCUCAGUCGACAGCACGGCAAGAGACCAGUGACACUUAUCGGAUAUUCAUUAGGAGCGCGAGUUAUAUUCUACUGUCUUCGCGAGAUGAGUGAGACGGGGGGAAAAAAUGCCUUUGGAAUAAUUCAGGAUGCAAUACUUCUCGGGGCACCUGUCACAGCCAAUGAGCAGCAGUGGAAGAAGUGUACCAGCGUCGUAGCAGGGAGGAUUGUCAAUGGGUAUGCCAGGACUGACUGGCUUCUGAGGUUCCUGUAUAGGACUUUUUCUAUGACGACGGCUGUCGCUGGCCUCAUGCCCCUGGACUAUCCCGGAAUUGAUAAUAUUGAUUUAGCAACGGUUGUUGGAGGGCACAUGGAGUAUUCCGAGAAGUUGGAUGAUAUCUUGAGGUUCGUGGGGGUCAAGCUCCGGUACGGUGAGAUUCUGGAUGAUCAGGGGUUAUUGAAGAAUUCCACGUCAGAGUAUGAUCAGAAGGCGUAUCUCCAACGGACUAAGAGUGCAGGAGGAUUAAGGGAAUCCAAAUCUGAUACUUGUCUUGCAUCGAAGGUUCUUCCAGGUGGAAUGAAAAAUCAAAUUGAACCCACCAAUCCGUCCGUCAAUUGAUAGUUGCAUAGUCAAUUGGUAAAACACAAUGACAUAAUCAAUUUGAGAGCAAGAAAAUUUUGAAAGAAACCUCGCAGCUUUACUGCGCUUUUUUUCUCUAAAAAAUUGUCCGACUGAAGCUAUUUCACAGAGGAUUAAACAAUAAGUGCUGAAUAGCAUAAGCCAAACGAUUGAGGACCAUUCGAGCCUUGCAGAAUUUCCAGAUAUCGCAGAAAUAUUUCCAUGUUACCAAUAAUUUUUUUAUUACUCUAUGUACAAAUGAUAAAUAUUAGAUAAUUCUAUUUAUACAUUACCUCCAUAUAAAGUGUAUUUAAUGCGCAACUACCAGAUACAUAAAAUUAUUUAUUGAAUUGAAAAA